AUGAACGGAACGUAUCGUACGCGCGUAUUAAUGCGAACGUGUAAACGUUUCGUGAAUACCGAGGCAAGAUCCCAGGACAGACCGCGAUGGAUAAAACCAGUUGGACAUGAAACCAAAGUAUCCGUGUAUAACCCGAUAACAAAAUGCAAAGUGCCACUGAUCUUGAAGACGGAAAAUCUUUUGAAGUGGUACAUGUGCGGGCCUACGGUCUACGAUUCAGCGCACAUUGGACACGCAACUACCUAUGUCAAAUCGGACAUCAUUCGUCGAAUUCUGUCGGAUUAUUUCGAUAUAAAUGUAUUGUUGGUCAUGGGUAUAACCGAUAUCGAUGACAAGAUAAUCAAGCGCUCAUUGGAGAGCGGUCAGGAUUAUCGAACAUUAUCGAGGCAUUUUGAGACUGAAUUUUUUGAGGACAUGGAUAAAUUAAAUGUGCGCAGACCAUAUUUAUGUUGUAGAAUUACCGAUUACAUGCCACAGAUCAUCGACUUUAUCGAAAGACUCGUCACUAUGGGUUCCGGUUACGUCGCAAAAGAUGGAUCUGUUUACUUUGAUACAAACGGGUACGAUAAAUACGGCAAAUUGUCAGUCCCUCAGUUUGAUGCCACAAGCGAUGAUCGCAUGGAUAAAAGAUCACCACUAGACUUUGCUCUGUGGAAAGCAGCAAAGACUGGAGAACCAUUUUGGGAGUCCCGAUGGGGCCAUGGUAGACCAGGAUGGCACAUAGAAUGCAGUACGAUUGCAAGCACGGUCUUUGGGAAUUCUCUAGAUAUGCACAGUGGUGGCAUAGAUUUGGCUUUUCCGCAUCAUGAGAACGAGGAAGCGCAAUCUUGCUGUUAUCACAAUGUUAACCAAUGGGUGAAUUAUUGGCUCCAUUGUGGCCAUCUGAGUCUAAGAGGAGACGUAAAGAUGUCAAAGAGCUUAAAAAACACCAUAAGCAUACGGGAGUAUCUCAAAAAGUAUUCGGCGAAUCACCUUCGAAUUCUUUGCUUGCUCUCUCAUUACCGACACGGUAUCGAGUUCUCGGACGAAGUCAUGCAAAAUGCGGUAUCGAUAACGAAGAAACUUGAAAAUUUUAUAAAUGAUUGUGACAAUUAUAUGGCUGGCAGAUUUGGCCAAACUAGCCAAAUCGACGAAAGCCUUCUGUUGAAAACAUUACGUGAUACGCAAAAUGCGGUUUCUUCAGCACUGGCAGACGACUUUGAUACCUCAAGAGCGAUGCAUGCCGUUAUAAAUCUUGUUGGGGUAGGAAACAAAAUGCUUCAUCAAACCAGUGCAACAACCCACAGUAACGGUACCGGCGCUGUUGCUGCGGUUUCGAAUUAUCUAACAAAUAUUCUCUCAAAAUUUGGCAUAUCACGAUCCACGACAACGACGGAGCAUCGACAAGUCGAGGAUAUCAUUGACAAUUUCCUCAACUUUAGAAAUGCCGUGAGAAUUAGAGCGCUCGAACUAAGUCCAAAAGAUGCAAUAUUAUUGACGGAGUGUGAUAAUGUACGAAAGUCUUUGGCUAGUUGUGGAAUUGUAAUAAAGGAUCACAAAAGUGUCAGCAGUUGGAGUUGGAAGUAGCGUAAAAAUAAAAAUAAUGCUAAUGUUAUAUGUUGUAAAUAAACUUUUAUUAAAAUUA